AUGGCCACAUCAUCUUUAUCUUCCUCACCAUCAUUAUCAACAUCCUCAUCUUCAGUAGCAACACUAACACGCCAACAGCAAUUGGUUCAACUCGAAUUUAAUCAUGAGGGAAAAUUUGCACUCAUGACCCUCAACAACAAACCAGUAAAUUCCUUAACACUCUCAAUGAUGAAUUGCAUCAUUUCAAGUAUUGAACAAGUGGAACAAUAUUCGCAAGCUCCAAUGAAUGCCUUGGUGAUUACUUCAGCAUGCCGAGGAGUUUUCUCAGCUGGAUUGGAUUUGAAAUCGUUGUGUACUAGUUCGUUGGAAUAUUUGACUGAAUUUUGGAAUGUGCUGCAGAGAAUGUUUAUGAAACUCUAUUCGUGUCCAUUGUUUACUGUUGCAAUGAUUAAUGGACAAUGUUUUGCAGGUGGAUGUGUCUUGAGUUUGGCUUGUGAUUAUAGAAUUAUUCAUGAACAGUGUUCUAUUGGGCUGAACGAAACUCAAUUUGGAUUAGUUCCUCCAUGGUUCUUUAUUGCUGCCUAUGAGAAUGUUAUUGGAAAGAGAUUGUGUGAAAUGCAUGUUCAAUUGGGAAGUUUAUUACCAGCCAAUGAAGCUUUGAAAAUUUCACUUGUUGAUGAAGUUCACUCCAAUCCAAACUCAAUGAAAGAAUCAGCUCUGAAACAAGUAAUGAAAUGGAAUAAGGUCAACCAAUUUGCCAAGAGAGAAUCCAAGCUUUUAUUAAGAAAACCACUCAUUGAUCAGCUCACUGGAUGUUGUAAGGAAAGAACUGAACAAGCUGUGAAGGUGAUUGCUUCAGAUAAGGCACAACAAAUGAUUCGUGGCCAUCUCGAAAGUUUACACAAAAAGCAACAAGCAGCUGCCAAUCAAAAGAAGGACGAAACUGCAUCACGACCUUCAAAGUUAUAA